AUGACAACAAUAACAAUGAGUAGUACUGAUAUAUAUUUAAAUAGAACAGCAACAACAACAACAUAUCGAACCAUAAUAAUGAAUAACAAUCAAUCAACAACUACAACAAUCAUCGAAUCAUCAUCAUUAGAUGAUCUUUGUAAAAAUUUUCAUGGUACAAUUUCAUACAAUUCAAGUUAUGUACUUGUUUGUGUAUCAAUCGAUCGUCUUUAUGCUAUUAUUCGACCUAUGGACGUACGAACUGCAUCAUCAACAUCGUGGGUGAUAGCAAUGACAUUUGCUUCUGCUCAACUUUAUUUACGAGAUAUUGAAAUAAUACGUGGUAUGCCAAUAUGUGGUAAUCGAUCUGAUGUUGUAAAUUGGAAUGCAUAUGUCUAUUUUCUUUUUAUUUCUUUAUAUUUGGUUCCAUUAAUUGUUAUGACUGUUUCAUAUAUAGUUAUAAUUAUAAUAAUAUGGAAAAAAAGUUCAGUUGUUCGAAGAGAUGAAACAUCAACUGAAAGAAAAAAUCAUCAAUCUAAAUUUCGUCGAUUAAUUUCAGCUAAAAGAUCAGUUUUUAAUGAUAAUCAUGAAAUGGAGACGAGUAUUCGUAAUGUACGAUCACUUGGUGUUAUACCACGAGCAAAAAUAAAAACAGUUAAAAUGACAUUAGUCAUUGUCAUUGCUUUUACUGCCUGUUGGUCUCCUUAUUUUCUUUUAAUGAUUAUGAAUUCACUCAAUUUAAUUCAAAAUUAUCUUCUUAUUCGAGUAACAUCAUCAUUAUGCUACAUGAAUUCAUUGGCUAAUCCACUUAUUUAUUGGCUGUUUGCAACAGAUUUUUGCUAUCGUUGCAGACAAAAUUGUGGUUGUAAUUAUUUAACAAGAAGAUCAUCUGAUGGAAUAAAUGGUGGACGUUGGUCAUUAACAGAAUCUCGAUAUAGUAAUGUUAGUACAAAACAUCCACAUCAACGUUCAAAUGAAGAUUGUCGUUCACAAAAAAAUCCUCGUGUGUAUUCAAAUCGUCAAUCAAAUUAUCGUUUACCACCAGCAUCCAAUCAAUCAAGAACAAUUAAACAUAUUGUUCAACAUCGAAGUUCUCAAUCAUCACUUUUAUAUGGUUAUCAACAUCGUACUUAA